AUGGCCGCCGUACACUCUGGCCCCUCGUCUGCCGUGGACAGCAUCAAUGACCUGGACGGUUACACCAUUCGAGACUACAACUUCCCCUCCUCCAACAGCUUCACUCCUGGACAAGAUGACGAUUUUGGUUUCGACCCGCCCGCAGUAAAGGCUGCCUCGCUCAACAACUUCCAAGUUUAUAGCCCGCCCAACGACUUGUCAAUGCCUGAAUGGCCAGACUUCCAGCGAGAUGACGAUCUGAAACCCUCCACAGAGAUCCCAUUAAACCUGGAUGCCUACGAGAUCGACAAGUUCAUCAAUUCGACACUCCCAAAUUCCACCACCGCGGUUGCACGUUAUGGACAGAUGACUCCACCGCGUUCCCACUCCGCAGCCAGCACUGAUUCCGUCAAGCAUGAGGAAAAGGUACUCUCUCCCAAGUCCGCAGCUCCGGAAGGACCACGCCGGAAGCGCAGCAAAGUCCAAACCAAAGAAGAAGAACCAGCCACCUCUACCUCUACACCAGCUACCUCCGGCCGAAAACGCAAGUCCUCCAAGAAGUCCGCCCUCGAGAGAAGUGACUCCCCAGAGGAACAAAAGAGAAAACAGUCACUGGAAAAGAACCGCCUGGCGGCUGCCAAAUGCCGGAUGAACAAGAAGGACAAGACCGAACAACUACAACGUGAUUCCCACGACAAAGCUGUACAAAACGCCUAUCUAAAAGACCAGGUCAUGCGCAUGAAGGACGAGAUCCAGCAAAUGAACGCCGUUUUGCUUGCCCACGCCAACUGUGACGGUUGCAGGUCACCAGAGGAGAUUCAAGCUCACCUAUCCAACAUUGGUAACGACUUUUUCAGCUCGCACAUGAGCAUGGGAGCUUCCAACUACCAACAAGACUUCUCUCAAAUGAGCUUCCCGGAUCUACAAAUGAUGCCCGACAGCUACUUCUCCAGUGCAAACCACAACGGAAUGCUCAACCCUCCUCUACCAGAGUUCAGCCGAGGAGGAGAGUUUGAAGUCACCACACCCAUGCAGACUGAUUGA